CCUGGCCCCCCCCCCCGUGUGCGAUGGAGAGCCCCCCCUCGCUGGGGCCCAGCCUGCUGCGCGACUCGCUCUCCGUGGAGGAAGGGGGCGAGGACGGCCCCCCCGCGUCCAGCCUGCUGGGCUGUUCCAUGUUCUCCGGGCCGAACCACGCCAACCACGCGGGGGGAGCCCUGCUCAUGGAGCGGCUGAACGGCACGCCCUCCCCCUCCCCCCCGGCGCUGCCGCCCUUCUCCGGCUCCGGCCGGCUCUCCGCCCAGCUGCCCCUCGGCCCCCAGCCGGCCGGCAACGCCCUGCGGCCCGCCGGCGCCUCGCGGCUGGGCAGCCAGCACAGCCUGAGCGAGCACUUCUGCCCCGCGCACUCCCCGUCCUUGGACCGGGACCGGGACCGGGACCGGGGGGGCUGCAAGCACCGGCAGGCCAGCCCGCUGGUGCACCGCCGGGACAGCAACCCCUUCACCGAGAUCGCCAUGAGCUCCUGCAAGUACGCCGGCGGCGUGAUGAAGCCGCUGAGCCGGCUGAGCGCCUCCCGCCGGAACCUCAUCGACUCCGACUCCGAGGCGCCGCCGCUGCAGGUUCCCCACGCGGCCGGGGGCGGGGCCGGCGCGCCGCAGUCCCUGGCCCCGCCCCCCGAGAUCAUCAUCUCGUCCAAGGAGGAGCUGCGGCUGGGGCCCGGGGAGGGACCCCCGGCGUCCCCCUACCACCAGAACCACCAGGGCCCCCCGGCCGGCGCCGGCACCGGCGCCUCGCGCCCCAAGGCCAGCAAGCGCAAGAACCAGAACAUCGGCUACCGGCUCGGCCACCGGAGGGCGCUCUUCGAGAAGAGGAAGAGGCUCAGCGACUACGCGCUCAUCUUCGGCAUGUUCGGCAUCGUCAUCAUGGUGAUCGAGACCGAGCUGUCCUGGGGCGUCUACAGCAAGGUGAGCCGGGGCGCCUGGCGCCGAGACGAGACCGAGAUGGGGCUGGAGCUCUCGGUUUCUCUCGCUGUGUUUAUCGCACCGCUCGUCUCUGCUCCCUCCCUCCCGGGGCUCUUGGGAGUAAUCAGAAGCAAUUACCGCAGAGCACUGUACUUGUAUGGCAAGAGGGGAGACGCAUAAUCACAACCGUGGUGCUGAGAGGGAGGCAGGGGUCUAUCGUCAGGCUGUUUCCUAGGCUGGCUGUGAAUGUGAGCUUGUGUCAGCGUGCAUCUGUGCUAUCUGUGAGUGUGUGUCGGUGUGUAUCUGUGAGUGUGAGCUU